AUGAAAUAAUUAUUAAAAAAGAUAUUAAAUAGAUAAAAAAUUGAUAUUCUAACAAAAAUGAAUAAUUAAAACUAGUAAAACUUGGAAGAAGAAAAUUAAAAGCUAGAUGUCCUGAUAGAUGAGUAUCAAAAUGCAAAAUCAUUUCAAGAGCUCAAUGAAAAAAUGCUUGGAUUUUUAGAAGAAGAGUUUUCAGAGGUCUUAAAAGAAUAACAAAUAUAUGAAAAUGAGGAAAAAGAGUACGAAGAUCUCAUAAACGUUCUUGAAAAUGAGCUGAAUGAAGAAAGUAAAAUUGAACAAGAAGAAGAUUCAAAUUUGAGUAUGGCUAAUUAGCAAAUAGAGUAAAGUAUGAAGGAGUAAUAAGAAUAAAGCGAAAUCGCUUAGGAAAGUUUAUGUGAUAAAGAAAAAGCUAACUAAGAAUAAUAAAUAUUACUUUCAGAUAUUUCAGAUACUAAUCAGAACAUUUCAGAAUUAUCAGAUAAUGAAAAAAAAAUAGGUGAGACUAAGUAAAAAGAAGAAGAAAGAAAGUAGAAAAUGUCUUCUUUUUUUAGUGUUUUAGUUGUUGUAAUGACUGUAUUUUGCCCUCUUACUGGUUAGAUAGUUUCAUUAGUAGGGGCAUUAGUUACUAAUGGAGAUUUUGAAGAGGCAUUAUUAAAAGUUGAGAACGAAAAAUAGAAAUUGAAUGAAAAGAAGUAAAAUUAAGAAAACCUCUAUAAAAGAUAAUCUGUUUUAGAAGAAAUUUCAGAAGAAAAGUAUUAAAAUGCUCUUAAAGCUGCUCAAAGAAAAGGUCAAAACAUUCUUAAAGGUUUAAGCACAAAGAGCGAUGUUGAAAAUAAGCUUUCAAGUAUGAAGAGUAAAAUAGAUGAUAGGCAAAAAAAAAUCUUAGAAAUAUCUCAAAAAAAAGUAUAAUCUGCAUAAUACAAGUAGGAGUUUUAAGAUAUCUAACAAGAAAUAUAGCCAAAACUUAAAGAUUUGCAAAAUAAAAUCAUCAAUAGUAGCAUAGCUGAUAUUACUUAAAAGAUUAAAUAGUAACAAAAAGUCAUAAAAAAUCUUAAAUAGAAUGUAUAAAAUAAUUCUUAAAAUAAUCAAAAUAAAGCAUCAAACAAAUAUAUGUACUGA